AAAAAUGAAGCCUCUAUAAAAUGCUUAUCAAUGUUACAAAACAAAAAUCAAAAUAUGGCUGGAAAACCUUUCAAUGUGAAAACUCUUUUCUUCAUGUCCAAAACUUUCCUCAGAAAAAUAGAGAACCAUCUCAACAUCCCAGGAAGGCUUGGCAAUGUCCAUGCACCCCACUUAAAAUUUCAGAAGUACUCUCAUCUAGCCCAUAGAUCAGAGGAGCUUCAAAACCAGACUUUAUUAUUUCAUGUGGAGGGAGCACUGUUGAAAUCAUCAUCACUCUUUUCUUACUUCAUGCUAGUAGCCUUUGAAGCUGGAUGGCUCUUAAGAGCUCUUAUUCUGCUUCUUUUGUACCCUCUUGUAAGCUUUCUUUGUUUGGUUUGUGAAGAAGUGGGAUUAAAGAUUAUGGUUUUCGUAUGCUUUGUGGGGAUUAAAAAGGACAGAUUUGUGAUUGGAAGAUCUGUCUUGCCCAAGUUCUUCCUAGAGGAUGUUGGCUAUGAAUGCUUUGAUGUGGUGAUGAGAUGUGGGAAAAAGGUAGGAGUGACUAAUUUGCCUGUAGUGAUGGUGGAUUGUUUUCUGAGAGAUUACAUGGGGGUUGAGGCUGUUGUGGGAAGAGAGUUGAAGGUAUUUUGUGGGUAUUAUUUGGGUUUGAUGGAGGAAAAGAAGUCAGCUAAAGUAGUUUUGAAAGAGAUUUUUGAGGAGGAAAAAGAAGGUGCUCAUGUCAUAGGUAUUGGUUGCUUCAAUGUGUCUUUUGACCAUCAACUAUUUUCUCACUGCAAGGAAAUUUACUUGGUAAGUGAGGCUGAGAAGAAGAAUUGGCAAGUCCUUCCAAGGGAGAAACAUCCAAAGCCAUUGAUCUUCCAUGAUGGAAGAUUGGCUUUUAGGCCAACUCCAGUUGCUACUUUAGUCAUGUUAAUGUGGGUUCCAUUUGGUUUGUUGGUUGCCAUACUCAGAGUCCUUGCUACCUCGCUACUUCCUCUCCAUAUAUGCGUCCCAGUCUUGAGCUGUAUUGGAAUGCGGGGUUCUGCACCAUCGCCAAACUCCCUUCCUACUCCAAUCAUUUAUGGAGAAAAAUCAAAGGGAAUACUCUAUGUUUGCAACCACAGAACUCUUAUAGACCCACUUUAUGCUUCAGCGGCUGUCAGGAAACCAGUCACUGCAGUCACAUACAGCUUAAGUAAGACUUCCGAGCUGGUUUCACCCAUCAAGACAAUUCGAUUAGCAAGAAAGAGGGAGGAAGACUCAAAGAUGAUAGAGAAGCGGCUGAGCCAAGGUAACCUUGUGAUUUGUCCAGAGGGAACUACUUGUAGGGAACCAUAUCUACUUCGCUUCAGUCCUCUAUUUGCAGAGACAACUGAUGAUAUAGUUCCUAUUGCCAUAGACUUUCAUGCUAGCAUGUUCUAUGGAACAACAGCUAGUGGGUUAAAAUUUUUAGAUCCCCUAUUCAUAGUUUUGAAUCCAACUACAAACUGCGAUAUCAAGAUUCUUGAGAAGUUACCAAAAGAAUUUACAUGUGGGGUUGGAGGUAAGUCCAAGUUUGAAGUAGCCAACUAUGUGCAGGCAAAGAUAGCUGAAGCCUUAGGAUUUGAGUGCACCAACUUAACAAGGAAAGACAAGUACUUGAUGUUGGCAGGCAAUGAGGGGAAAGCAUAGUUUGGCAUAUGUUUAUUUCAUAUUUUUAUUUCCUGAAUAUUCUAAAAGAACUGAUUACAAAUAAUUUUGAUUUAAGCUUUCUAUUGAUACUAAACAAUCGUUUUGUCAUUUCUGUAAAAUGAUACGAUAAGAACACUGUGAUUUUGAGAAUUCUUCUACAUGUAUCCUAUAGUCCAUGAGAAACUUGCUUUUUUUAUUCA